AACUUAUUAUUGUUAUAUUUUGUUUUUCAAUUUAUGUAUCGAUAAGGUGGCAUCGCUAAGUUUACAUAUAAUAAUUGGGAAGCAAACGUCAUUUGGGUAGAACCGGCUGAGCUUUUGUUGUGGCACGUUAAGGAAAGGGUUUGCGAUAAUAAAUAAUUAAUAUUACAUUGAAAGAAGUUCAAAUAAAGGUUUGGUUCUAAAGGUUCGGUUUUCCACAGUAUUGGUCUUUCACAAAGCAGAUAUAACUAAUUUUGGGCCGCAGUGCAUCGAAACAGCCAUAACCUAAAUGAACAACAACAUAGUGCUACCACGAAGUAUUAACGUCAUCAAUAUUAACUUAUCGCAUCUUAAUCGUUGAUUCAUUAUUGCCUUAGUUACCUCAUAAAAAAUGACUGAGAAAAUAACGAAAUUAGCGCUAGCUAGUCGAGUGAUUAUAUUGGUGUUACAGCUACUUGCAAACCACCUGAUGCCUGAUCACAAAUCAGAUGUAUUUCGAACACCGAUUGCACAACAAACUCAACAAUAUGUAGGAGCACUCGAAAACAACGAAUUUAACUCCCAAAAUGCCACCGAAAAUUCUUGGCUUGAUCGCACAGUACAAUUUUGCCUUGGCGGCCUACGUCACUGGGAUGGCGAAUAUUUUCUACACAUUGCAGAAUAUUCUUAUUCCUACGAGAAUACACUCGCUUUCUACCCACUAUUUCCGUUAGUGGUACGUGCAGGCGCAAAUGCUUUGUAUGCACUCAAUAUGGGCGUGUCAUUGCGCAGCUGGUGUUUGGUAGUGGCCGUAUUGGUCAAUGUAUUUUGCUUCUGCAAAGCAGCUAAUGCACUAUAUGCACUCACACAGCGUAUUUUUAAGGACCCAAAUAAAAGUUGGAAUGCGGCGUUAUUGUUUUGCUUCAAUCCAGCAUCGAUAUUCUUCACUGCCGCCUACUCGGAAGCGCUUUUCUGUUGGUUAUCGCUACACUUGAUGUUGGAAUGCGUUUCCGAAUUUCGAUUUGCGCGUACCACAGUAACACUGGCACUCUCUAUUGUGAGCCGUUCAAAUGGUCUACUCAAUGCGGGCUAUCCUAUAUAUUUUAUGCUGCGGCACACCAUACUCAAGUCAUAUCAUCGCUGUUUUGCUGCUGUUAAGUUAACACUUUGUCUGAUUGGUGCACUAACGCCGCUCACAUUCUUCUACUUUUACGCAUUCAAACAGUACUGUGUACCACAACAUACAGUAGCGCAUUCAGAAGCUGUGCUGAACUAUGCGCGAGAGAAAAAUUACAUAUUAGCUGGUCAUCGAAUGCCGCAAAAUUCACCGUGGUGUGAUAAUACCUUUCCAUUUCCGUAUUCCUACAUACAAUCACACUAUUGGAAUGUCGGUUUUCUACGUUACUACGAGUUCAAACAGUUACCGAACUUCAUGUUAGCUUUGCCUGUGCUCGCGUUCUUGCUGUAUCAUUGCUUUACGUAUUUUAGAAAUUUCAUGCGUAUCCUACUGCCGCAUUAUCCCAUCAUGCAGCUAUUAAAAGAAUAUAAAUCGUUGCCUUUUGUACUGCAUGCAUUGAUACUUACACUGUUUUGUACUUUUUUUGUGCACAUACAAAUAUCAACAAGGUUAUUGUGCUCGGCUACGCCAUGUCUUUAUUGGUUUGCUGCCGAUCAGCUGCCCAAGACAUUUGAUCUAAUCAAAUUGCGGUCAAAAGCUGGAUCUAUAUUAGUAUGGUUUACAAGUUACUAUUUAAUUGGCACAGCGCUCUUUUGCAACAAUCUACCUUGGACGUAAGGUAAUGGAAAAUUUGGACUUUUAUAAUAAACAUAAAACAAAUCGUUGCGUAUAGGUGUGCGCGUGACAGUGAGAACAUUAUUAAAUUAAUGCAAAGCUUAAAAUUACAACAUCUUCAUCCCAUCCUCGGCACUAGAAAUGCAACUAGCUGUACGUGCAUAGCUGCGCUCAUUAACCAAAAAA